UUCAUGAUAAUCCUGUCUAGUAAUAAUCAAGUGAACUCGACUUGAGAUUUCAGAGUAAAAUAAAAAUCCUGUUUUAAUGAUUACUUUUAAAGCCAGAGCAAUACACAGAAAACUGCAGUAAACAGUAUUGUAGGAUUGUUUAAAUAUCAAAAAUAGAAUGUGCGUCUGGGAGUUUUUCCACAUUGACAAACUAUUCAGGGUGACACAAAAUUAUAAAAUGAAUUGAUUCACUGUCAGUCACCAGGUGACAUUAAUAUGUCUUUUAGCUAAUUGUUCUCCCAGUGUGGUCUCUGGAUCACACCAAUCAGGAGAUGUCAACAGUGUUUCUACAGUCUCUGCCCCCUGUUGACGGUUAGGAUCUGGGUGGCAGGUGGUCAGGAUCCUGCUGAGUCCCAUGUUCCACACACACACAGACACAGACUGACAGGGAUUCAGUUCCAAUAUCCGUCUGAACAGUAGGCAUGCUUUUCUGGGCAGAUAUAAACAAACCUUCCAGUACAGGAACACGCAGCAGGUGGCACGUUUAGUCACACUGGUCAUAAGAUUAUUCUUUGUACACACAGUUCAGAAAUUUGUUGUGGGCAAGUGUAAAAAAAUAUAUUGUUGCCCUUCAUGGCUAAUGAGUACAUUUUUAAAUAACAAGAACAAUUUAGUUACAAAUAAUGAUGUAUUUUAUUUUAUUUAUAUCACACUUUAAGUAUAGUUUCCAGGUAGUGUACAGCAAUUUUCCUCGUGAGACGUCAUAUACACCAAGCACUAACUGAGAGAGACAACCUGAGAUUUUAUUGUGUCAUCCAUCCGUCAGCUGCUCCCUCUCCCUCCCUCCCUCCCCACCAUUUUACGUGACUCAGCAGCUGCCUCACACAGGAGGGUCCGUCCUCAAGUCCUCAGGCCACAACUUGAAAGCACUGAAAACAAUGAUGAGUUCAGCAAAAUCUGACUUUGUACAGAAAAUCCAUGAUUCUGUUUGUAUAUAUAUAUAUAGAGAGAGAGAGAGAGAGAGAGAGAGAGAGAGGGCAUCAAGGCAUUUCCAAGUUGCUGAAGUUCUUCAAAUUGAAUUGGUUUGUUUCUAAAACGUGUUUUGAAAUGACCAGUCUUUCUUUGUUCAGUGUAAAUGGAGGCUAAAAUCUUCACUCCAGAAAGAGCUCAUUGUUGGAGAGUUUCCCCUCUUCACCCUAGAGCUCUCCAGCUCCAGGCAACAUUCUGUCCUGAGAAAACCUAGUCAGUGGAAAUACAGUAGCCCAAUGUGUACAUGAGUGUGUCUUACAGGGAGAGGGGAAACUGCAUGAAGGAAUUUGACGAAGAAGCUACGACUGAAACACAGAGCCUAUCUUUGUUUCCCUGAGUGUACAACAGGGGGAACAGAGAUGGACAUUACAGUUUGUGUCCGGCAUCAGUCCGACUGUGGGCCUCGUUACAUCUGCUGCAUCCAAAACGGAGAUAAAAACCUGAUUGUGAAAUGAAGGCUUCACUCUCUGUUCUGUUCUCCCUGGUGUUUUGCUGGAGGGUUAAAUUUCGUCACCUCUCCAGGACGACUAGGGGAGAAGUGUGAUCAGUGAACUCCGGCCUCUGGGAUCUCCCUGUGCGUAGUUACGUCUUCUGGGAUUUUGGUUUUUGUGAAAGAAGUUCUAUCUGAUCACUCCCUCGUGAGGAAGAAGAGAGUGAGAAGGGGCCGAAGUGGAGCCAGAGGAAAGGGGAAGGUUCUGACAUCAGCGAGGCAAAACAGCUGCCUCCUUCUCCCCCAUGGAGAAACGGCAAGGGGAGACUGAUGGAGCAAGAAGGGGGGAGAGAGAAAGAAAGACUGGAGCGUCUGUAAGUGUGCAGAGGGUGAGAGCACUGGUUUGGACCAUAGUUAGAUGAAGAGGGAGGGAGAGGGGAGGAAGAAGAGGGGGAGGAGGUAGUGAGUGUGCGCUCGCAUGUUUUCGGAGUGAGGAAAGCCAGAGAGCAAGGGACAGGGAAGAGUGUAAGAGGAGAGGGUAAGGGAAGAGGUGAGGGUCUGUGCUUGGUGCUUGGAAGGGAGAAGGAAGGAGAGGUGUGUGUGUGUGCAGGGGGGGGUCAUCUGGGGUGGAUUUCAAGACAGGACAAACUGUCACAGAGAGAGGCCGGUGUGUGUGUGUGUGUGUGUGUGUGGAUUCACUGGGGGAAAGAAGGAGCAUGUUGGAGAAGAAGACAUAAGGAGGCCCUUCAUGACAUGAAGCCUUGAAAGGAGGAAGAGGAGGCAGGAGGCAACACUUGACUUGAAAGAAGAGGAGAAAGUUUGGGUUUUUUGCCGGUAACAUGGGGUGCCUUCACAGCACGGGCACUGGCAGGAUAAAGAAGCGUGGACUUAGUACUGACCCAGGAGGGAUUCCUAUCACCACGGAGCCUGAGGUACACCCUGAAAUCCUGCAGCUGGCAGAGCUGGCCAAGGUUGGGAGUCACAUAUUCACCGAGAAGAACUUUAAAAAGAGACGGAUCUGUGAAGUGUGCAAGCACAACAUCAUCAACCCAGGAGCUUUCUGCAAAGAGUGCAAGGUUUCCAUUCACAAGAGCUGUCAACCCAAGGUGAGCCCUGCCUGCACACCGUCUUCAGAUCUGAGAGCUUCAACCAAAUCCAUGUCAUUUAAGAAGAGAGGCUCCUUACCAAGGAGCAGAAGUGCAGAGCAAGUGAUGGAGCACGUGAUGGAGCAUCACUACGACUUUGACCUCACCUACAUCACAGAGCGGAUCAUCUCGGUGUUCUUCCUGCCAGACCUGGAGGAACAGCGGUACCGUAGAAACCUACAGGAAGUGGCCUCCAUGCUCAAAUCCAAGCACCAAGACAAGUAUCUGCUACUGAACCUAUCAGAGAAGAGACAUGACAUCACCAGACUUAACCAAAAGGUGCAGGACUUUGGCUGGCCUGAUCUUCAUGCUCCUCCUUUGGACAGGAUCUGUGCCAUCUGUAAAGCAAUGGAGACCUGGCUGACCUCUGACCCCAGCAAUGUAGUGGUCCUCCAUUGCAAGGGAAACAAAGGGAAGACGGGGGUCAUUGUAGCAGCGUACAUGCACUACAGCAAGAUAUCUGCUGGAGCAGACCAGGCUCUCACCACCCUGGCCAUGAGGAAGUUCUGUGAAGACAAAGUCUCCUCUUCAGUGCAGCCUUCUCAGAACAGGUACAUCUACUACUUCAGUGGCCUGCUCUCAGGUACCAUCAAAAUGAACAGCAGCCCUAUGUUCCUCCACCAGAUCCUUAUUCCUUCAUUACCAAACUUCCAAACCGGAGGAGGUUUCUAUCCCUUUCUGAAAAUCUACCAGUCUCUUCAGCUGGUCUACACAUCAGGUGUAUAUGAUCCCCAGAGCUCCAGAGCGAGGAAGCUGUGUGUGACCAUGGAGCCAGCACUAUUGUUAAAGGGUGACAUUAUGGUGAAAUGCUUUCACCGGAGGAGUCGAGCUGCAGAGAGGGAAGUGAUUUUCAGAGUACAGUUUCACACUUGCACAGUGCACGGAGCCCAGCUGUGGUUCGGCAAGACUGAACUGGACCAGGCCAGCUCAGAUGACAGAUUUCCUCCAGAUGCUACUGUGGAGUUUGUCUUCUCCAACUGUCCGGAAAAAAUGAAAGGUCGAGAAUAUCGCAAGAACGACCCCUCUAUCAAAGUGGACUACAACACCGCGGACGCUGUGAUCAGAUGGGAUUCUUAUGAGAACUUUAACCUGCAUCAUCAAGACAGCAUGGAGAAUAUCGCUCACACGAGAGGCCCUCUGGACGGCAGUCUAUACGCCCAGGUGAGGAAAAGACGUCCUGGUUCCACCGCCGCAGCUGCAUCUCCUAACGGAUGCCUCACUAGCAGCCCAACAGUGAAGCCCCAGACUCACAGUCAGCCCGUGACUCCGACCUACUCCAGUUAUUCCAGUCGCUCCUCGCUGCCUGUGGAUCAUUUACACAGGAGCACUAACUGUCCAGAGAUAGAUUCAAAGAAUGCAGAUGAGGAGGAAAGAAGAAGAGAGAAGGCAAAAGGAAAAGAAAAAGACAGAGAGACUGCCAUCUUAGACGACGUCAACCCUCUAACUGGUUUAAGGCGAGAGCACUCGUGUUGCGGUCGAGUAAGUGCGAAGUGCGGUGAGGGGGGCUGGGAGAGGGAGCGAGGUUCCUGUCUCUCUAAUGGUCACUGUCUGGCACAAUGUAACAGCAGCAAAAAGAAUCCAAAAAGUCAGACUCUGCCUGCUCUGCUACCAAAAUCUGUGUCUCCGUCACUGAAUUCAGCUCAAAUGGACUUCUGCCAUCGCCACAGUGCCCAUCCUUUACCAGAGUUACCAUGGGAACGUCCAGCUCCACCACCGCCACAGCCAUGUCUCCACAGGCCUUACUAUCCUUAUUCUGCCCCAGAACAUCCACACCCACACAGUCUCUCCCUCCCAAUGUCCAACAGACUCUGCAGCGGGGAAGAGUGUCAAUUCUUCCAUUAUACCAACCACAGUCCGUCCUCUCACCUCUCCCAUCCAUCACUGCCCACUAGUCCCUACAGGGAAAUGUUCUUCAGCUCUCCAACACAGUCCCCUGGUUGCCCUUGUAGGGAGUGCAGCAGCAGGAGAGAGCACCACUUGGACUCAGUCAGAACAUUCCAAGCACUACGCCCAGACCAAACAGAGAACCCACAAUGGUGUCAAGGAGCAGGAGUACAACAAACAAGAGAGGCACCUCCACUCUGGGAGAGUGAAAAUCCAUGGGACACAGUGAGAGAGACAGAUUUCUGGCAGUGUAAAUCUGCCGCGCCUUCUUUCCGGGGCUUCCACCCCUCUCUGGGUCAGAGUCCAAACCAGGAGCAACCUAGAAUUGCCAUUGCACCUCACCAGAGCUACCAUACUCCCCAGUCUGUAGUGGAUGUACGGGACGGAGCCAGCAGUGGGUACCACACUCCUCCACCCCGACACUCCUGCCCCUGCGCCCCUUAUCAGGCCUCCCCAUCAGAGAGCCAUGAGAGCCGAGGGUAUGCCUCAGGAUACCAGUCUGAAUCAGCAUCACCUCUGCUGGCCAGCAGUCCAUCUCCUGGGAGAGGCAAACUGCCAGAGACCCCCUCCAGGUCCAGUGAACAGCAUCAUGAAGUGAGAAAAGCAAAAGAAGUUGUGGAGGAUAACAUCUCUCAGGGUUCAGAGAAUAAGUCCGAUUCCAACGGCCCGUCCAGCACACCAGGACUGGACUCCGAUCAUGAUUACACACUGAUUGGUGGCAGCAGUCCCACACACACAGAAGACAGCGUUGCAGCUGACAGCCCUCCUCAAAGCCAGGAAACGUCCGUGCAACCAGAGCCCACAACAAGUAGCAACCAAAGCACUCUAGCACCAACAAACAUACAGACUCAGGUCUUCAGCUCACCACCAAACACCACCACACAGCCACUAAAUCAACAGAGUUUGAGUCCUGACAAAACCAGCGGUGCAGCCAGGACCACAGGGGGUGCAGAGCGAUCUCAACAGUCACAUUCUUCCAGUUAUGUUCCCAUCAUCAUCCCUCCUGUCCAAAUGCAGCUCAAUGGUUCAGCCCUAGCCUGCGAUACGUCACCAGAGUCAAGCAGCAGUGUGACCCUAAACACCACCAUCAGUCUCACUUCCAGCCCUGCAACCACUUCACCGAAUUCCCCAAUUAGCUCUCCAGAGCCUCACUCUCCUCCCCAGUGCUCCUCAUUAUCCACAGACACAGCAGGGCACAGACUAACUCCAGACAGAGACAGCUCAGCUGACAAGCCUCCAUCACCCGUACCAGAUGGUUAUAACACACCCACCUUUCCCCUAGCCUCCUAUUAUUACCAGUUACUGAAUGUGCCUCACGUGCCAUACACGGGCUACACAGCCGUCACCAUCCCUGCCAUACAGCCACCUCUCCCAGAGAAAAAACGCCUUUCCUCCUCAGCCGGGUCCUUGAAUGGACAUAACACUCUUCAGAGAGUCAGCUCGGCUCCUUCCCCGACACCCCACGUUACCUUCUCUACGGCUAUUGGGACGCAGAGACGAGGGUCCGCACAAGCAAACUACAAGGACAAAGCAGAUGUUAGGGUAAAUUCCAAGUUUGUCCAGGAUAGCUCCAAGUACUGGUACAAGCCUGGCAUCUCCAGAGACCAAGCUAUAGCUGUGCUAAAGGACAAAGAACCCGGAACUUUCCUCAUCAGAGACAGUAAUUCUUUCCAGGGAGCCUACGGUCUGGCCCUUAAAGUGGCCACUCCUCCUCCCAGUGCCAGUGCCUGUGGCCUUAAAGUGGAUCCUCUGGAACAGCUAGUGAGACACUUCCUCAUUGAGACUGGUCCACAGGGAGUGAAGAUCAAGGGCUGUCAGAACGAGUCCUACUUCGGAAGUUUGUCUGCUCUGGUGUACCAGCAUUCAAUCACUCCCAUCUCUCUACCCUGUGCUCUUCGGAUCCCGGAAAAAGAUCUAGUUGGGGAGCUACAAGAGGUGCAGAGUUCAACAAGCACCAGCACUGCAGCUGAUCUCCUCAAACAAGGAGCAGCCUGUAACGUGCUCUACCUGAACUCUGUGGAAACGGAAUCUCUCACGGGACCUGAGGCUGUUUCCAAAGCAACCAAAUGCACUUUGUCUCUAAAUCCACGUCCGGUGGCAACAGUGGUCCACUUCAAAGUGUCUUCUCAGGGCAUCACUCUAACAGACAACAAACGAAGGUUGUUUUUCAGGAGACACUAUCCACUCAGCAGUGUCACAUUUAGCAGUCUUGACCCUCAAGACAAGAGGUGGGCUAAUUCUGAUAGCGCAUCAUGCAAAAUGUUUGGCUUUGUGGCCCGGAGAACAGGCAGUGCUACAGAAAACGUCUGUCACCUGUUUGCAGAGAUGGACCCGGAGCAGCCGGCUGUGGCCAUCGUCAACUUCAUCAACAAAGUCAUGCUGGGACCACAGCUCCGUAGAUAAGAUCAGACUGACUGGAGAACUGGAAACCUUUGGAAGAGAAAAUGGGAGAUUAUUUUUGUCAUGUGUGAUUAUGUAUGUGUGUGCACGCACAACUGUUUUUGUUUGCACUCUCUUUUUUUACAUCACUGUGUUGAUGUGUGUGGCUGUGUCUAAAAGAGAUUUUGUUUCUGUUCAUAGACCGUGUAUUAAAAGUCUCCCGGUUGUAAAAUAAUCCCCAGACUUGCAGUUUAACCGGCGCCAUGUCAGUUGUGUUAAUGUCAAUGUCAGAAAUGUCCCUUGCAACCAUGCUUUAAUAGGACAGAAUGAACAAUCAGUUCAUGUUUUUGACUCAUAUGUUCUGGAGUUUGUUGGACAUUAUUCUCAAUUAGAUUACAAUUUAUAUAACUGACAUUGCGAUUUUUAAAUGACGACGACCAGAAACGCAGAUAAAAGCAUGCAAUGUCCUCAGGAAACUGUGUAAUAAAGUUACAGACCAAAUGAGGAGGCUUGUUCUCCCAUAAACUCACCAUUCAUAAUCACUAUUUGGACCUAAGAACUUAUUGCCUUGGUUACAUCGACUUCAAAAUGUAGUGGUGUAAGUCUGAAAGAACUACGAGAGACGGUAGAACAUCAAACAUCAAAACAUGAUUUUAAAAUCUAAUUAGUUUUCAUUAACCCUCAGAAAUGAACAAGUUUAAAAAUACGAACCUAACGUUCAAUUUCUAUCCAAACUUGAAUGGAAACCUGUUAAAAUUUUUGAAGCAACGCCCGAGGUUCUUGAUUUAGUAACAUCAGAUUUUUUUUCUUUUCUCAAAACUGGAAAAACAAUUGAAAGGAACUCGAUUUUAGUCCUGAAAUGAUGCAGGUUGUUACCCGGUGCUACACAAACACUGCUAGUAGAUCUGUUCGAACCUAAAUGUUGACCUAUAGCUUUGUCAAAGAUUGUGUUUUCAACUUGUCUUUGGACUUUUUUUUCUUACUUGUAUGGUCUUGUUUAUGUAUAUGAGAUGCCAAAGACCAGUAUUGGUAGCAAUUGCCUAAAGAUUUAUAAAGUUUAUUUGGGGAUAUUGUUACAUUUUGGAGGUCCAGUUUAUAACACUUAGGAGGAUUUAAUGCAAGUUUUUACUCUAAAUGCCUUAAAUCAUUUCUACAAGUGUAUGAUACUUCAAAAUGAACAUUGAAGAGUUUUUGGAGCCUUUAUAAAAAGCUUUCAUGUUUACUAUAAAACUUGUUAAGGAUAUUUCUACAGCAGCUGAAGAAGGCAAAAGUGUCAGUGUAGGUGUUUUGUGUUUAAAAAAAAAUCACUUUCUGAGCACAUAUAACAAAAUAAGUUUUGUUUUGUUUUGUUUUUUGUUUUUGUUUUGUUUUUUUGUGAAGUCUAAGAUAAGGACACCAUACAGUAGUUUUGAUGAGGCCCACUUUGGAAUGCACAGUUUAAACAAUAGAAGUCAUUGUUUCUUUUAUACUGAAUCUGUAAACAUGACAGUCUACUAAUUACACAUUUUAAAGUGUCUUUUUUAUUAAGCAUGUCAGAAAAAAUAAUAAUAUGAUCAAAAUGGCCAGUAAUAUCACAAUCAGGGGAACGAAUGGACAGGAAAUAUCUCUGUGUCUACGUCACAUGUCAGGCUUGGGUGACAGUGUUCCAGAAAGUCUUUGUUUGGAAAAGAAUUGGAAUGAGGUAUUUUAUAAGUGAAUACGUGGGGUGUUGGGUCAAGCAAGUGUUUAAGGCAAAAGGGGUUGUGUAUUUUGAAUACGUAGAUGAUGACGAUAAGUAUUUUUUAUUGAAGGGACUACAGAUGUAGUAAUAGACUGAAGAGCCACAAAGGCCAUAACUGAAACUACUACCAAAAGUAUUUUUGUACUUUCAUUGGAGUACUGAGGUAGUGUAACGCUAAACUGUAUUGGUUAAGAAGAGUAAGAUGAUUCAACAUUAAUCCAAUUUAAGGACAAAGAAGCAGCUAAAGAAAGAUAGACCUUAAACAGUGAACUGUUUCAAGGUUAGAACAGGACCUGAUUUUAGACUUUUUUUUAAAUCUAUUUGAGUUAACUGUCUGAAAGUAAUAACAGCAUGAAAUUACUCAAAUAAUUGCAACGAUGUUCUAUUAUUCUAUUUGUGUGUUUUUAUAAAGCCAAGACAGUAUUUAGAUAACAUUUGAAUAAUUGUAUUUUUUUCACAUUGGGUUUUUAUGUACAAAAAGUAAUAUAUUUUAAGCUGUGGACUGUUUAUGAGAGAAUACACCAGAUUUGUCAAGUUUGACACAAAAAGGCAAUAAAAUCAGGUAAAACUGC